CUCCUCCUCCUCACCCACACUCCUCUUCACACACUCCUCCUCACACACUCCCCUCAGGCAGCUGGAUCUCCUCGUCACCAUGGGUAAAAUCAACGGCUGUCUGAAGUGCGUCUUCUUCCUGCUCAACGCCGUGUUCGGGAUCUUUGGAGUUUCGAUGAUUAUUGGACUUGUGAAGGCCCCCCCGCAGCUGUCAAGACAGAUGGGCCCCGGAUCCUGGGCUGGGAUGUGGGUAUUCUCCGUUGGGAUGCUGCUGGUUUCCAUCCUCGGGCAGACGGCCGAAAGGACCGAGAAGACAGCACUGCUCAAAGGGUUUGCAGGUCUGAUGGGGGCCAUAAUGAUCAUCAUGAUGAUCUUAGGGAUCGUCAUGGCUUCCUACAGAAACCAGUUAAAGAACAUCACCCCUGACUCUAUGAGACCGAUGAUGGCAGAUGACAAGGUACAAGAAGUUCUCGUCAACGUCCAAGGGCAGUUCCAGUGCUGUGGCAUUAUGAGCUAUGAGGACUGGGGGAACAGGAUCCCUUUAUCCUGUGAGUGUUUAGAAGACAACGUGUGCACUGACCGCCCAGGGCACUUGGAAGGUCCAGCUAAAAUCUACUCGAGGCCGUGCUUCCCCAUCGUGUCCGACCUGCUGGUUCCUGCCUUGACGGUCUCCAUGGGUGUCUUCUUUGGCUUCGCUGUCACCGCUCACUUCUGCCUGGGCGCGAGCCUCCUGAUGAUUGGUCAGGUGAGGCAUCACGACGGCGGGCACGGAUGACAGGCCAUCGCCCUGACGACUCAUGGGUACAAGCUGAGCCAUGGCUUCUGACCUCUGACCUCACUCCUCAUUUCUGCUUCUAAAUGAGUUGUGGCCUAUGAAGUCAAUAGUGACAUCACCAGGAGACUGAGAGUGUUUCACUGGUGUUCCCAUUAAAGAAAACAAAAAAACAAAAAAUUGUUCCUCAAUGUUAAGUGUUCCAUGUGUUCAUUCUCCUGUUACAAUGUACCUUGUUUCAGUGACUCCUCCCCUCCAUUCCUGUAAGAGGACAGGUGGACUCCUCCCUUCUAUGUAUAUAUAAUUAGCUGUUGACUCCUCCCCUCCAUUCCUGUAAGAGGACAGGUUGACUCCUCCCCUCUAUGCAUAUAUAUAAUUAGCUUUUUACUCCUCCCCUCUAUGCAUGCAUAAGUAGCUGUUGACUCCUCCCCCCUAUGCAUAUGUAAUUAGCUGAUGAAGGUCCUUACUGCUGGGAGGUUUCUGACUCGUGACGCUUCAGACCGACGCUCCUCUGACCUCAGACAGCAGACCUCCCACGUCAGACCGAGGCCCUGUGUCGCUGCCUCAUGGUUCUAACAUGGAGCACUUCAGGCAGGGGCUCCUUUGAAGGACUGUUUGGCCUCGCAUGAUUCUUCACGGGCCCUGAGCCUGCUGAGGGGUAGGAGGAAGUUGUGUCUCAGUAGGCCACUCCCCUUCUCAGUAGGCCACCCUCCAUCUGAUUAGACUACUCCCCUCUCAGCCGGCCACUCCCCUCCUCAGUAGACCACUCCCCUCCUCAGUAGGCCACUCAAUAGUGUUAAGGUAGUACUAGUAUAGAAGUAGUAUUAAGAUAGUAAAGUCGGUCUAGUGUAGCAGCAGUAUAAAUGUAGUAUAGUAUUAUUAUGGCAGUUGUAUUAAGAAGGCAGUAUAUUAGUUCUAGUAUAGCAGUAGUAUUAAGGUAGUACACUACUAGUAUAGCAGCAGCAUUAAGGUAGUAUACUACUAGUAUAGCAGUAUUAAGGUAGUAUACUACUAGUAUAGCAGUAGUAUUAAGGUAGUACACUGUAUAGCAGUAGCAUUAAAGUAGUAUACUCUUAGUAUAGCAGUAGUAUUAAGGUGGUAUAGUUGUUCUUGUACAGCAGCAGUAGAAGAGAAGCUAGGCACGGUGCUGAGUGUUUGAUUCCCCAGAGGGCGAGACACCGUAUCGAUACUAAAACUCAAUUACUAGGUCAAUAAUGGCCUCUUUCUUUCCAAUUCAAAUGCAUCUUCCACUCUUUCAACACAGGCGGGUUUCAUAGAGAGGUCUUCUUCAGAAUUUAUUUUGGUUUCUCAGAGAAGUGUGUGUGUGUGUGUGUGUGUGUGUGUGUGUGUGUGUGUUUGUGUGUGUGUGU